AUGAAACCCAAAAACCUCUUUCCCACCAUUUUCCCUCUGUUGAAUCUAUGCAUAUUCCUCAUCCUCUCUUCUCCUCUACCAAGAAAAUCCCAAGGUGUAGUCGACCCUUACUUCCUAGUCUGCAGUGCUGAGCCUGACAACUGUGGUGAUGGGCAACCCAUCAAGUACCCAUUCCACAUCCGAAGUAAGCAAAACAGGUCUUGUGGGUAUCCUGGAUUCGAGCUCUCUUGCAAUAACAAUGGCCAACCCACCAUCAACAUCCAAAGUAACGACUAUAUCAUCCACAACAUUUUCUAUGAAACCGAAAUCCUUCGCGUCUCAAACUCUGACUUUUGGAAUUCAACCACCGGCUGUAUUCCUUUAACUCAAAGCAUAUCCCUUCCUAGUGCCCGGUUCGAGCUAGCACCGUUCCAAACCCAUGUGAAUCUGCUUUAUGGUUGCAACACUUCGACACUUGAGAGUACGUUAAGGUUUUCUGCAUAUCCUGAUUGUGAUCAUGGGGAAAACAAAAACCGUUCGGUUCUGGUCCUGGCUGAAAACGACCAAAAGCUAAGGAACGUAUCGGAGGCGUGCACAACUCGGGUGGUAGUACCCGUUGAACCUUAUGAGCGUGAGAAACGUGAUGGAAUUGAAAGGGCCCUGAGAAAUGGGUUUUGGGUGAAAUGGAAGGCCAGCACGUGCAGCAUUUGCCAGGAAAGUGGAGGGUGGUGUGGAUUCAAUUACACCGAUAGGCAUUUCAAGUGCUUCUGCCCUGAUAGACCUUAUGCCUGGAACUGCAUUUCUGCAAACCGACACCUUACGCAACAAUCAGUUGAUUGGCAAGGAAAUGAUGAACCAUAUGAAAUGGGGGUUUCCUUACCUGCAAUAAGCAGUGAUAGGCUUGGAGAGCCCAAUGACCACGACAAUAUCCACCACUUUUUCUUCACCCUUUCUUAUCUCCAGGUUAACACCCUGAGUUUCCGCUCUCACCACCAGCAUGCGACUCGGUUUGGCGCUACCCACAUGAUAGAAAGAUAA